AUGGCAUCAUCUUCUUCUUCUGCGAGUAAUUUACAGUACCGUCCUCCAUUCAAGUACGAUGUGUUUCUAAGUUUUAUAGGUUUCGAUAUUGGAAACACAUUUGCGGCUCACUUGUACCAAGGUUUGAAAAACAGGGGAAUAGUGACCUUUAAAGAUGAUAAAAUGCUAGAUCAUGGCUAUUCGGUCGAAGAACAAAUCUUGAAAGCUAUCGAAGUGAGUCAAUUUGCCCUCGUCAUUUUCUCACGGGGUUAUGCUAGCUCGAGUUGGUGCUUGAAUGAACUAGUGAAGAUUAUGGAAUGCAAGGACAAAAGUGGACUUACAGUCAUACCAGUCUUCUAUCACAUGGAUCCAUUACAUGUUCGAAUGCAAAGUGGGAACUUUGCAGAUGCCUUUGCAGAACAUGAAUUAAGGUAUAAGGAUGAGGGGAUGCAGAAGGAUAAAAUGUCCGGAGAGCAUAACGGAGCAAAACAUAGCAAAAUGGAGCAAAAUAGAGCAAAAAUAGAACAAGCAGCACUUUCUGGCAGCACUUGCUGCAGCAUGUUGUGCAUGCAGCACCUGCGAGUGGCACUUGCUGCAGCAUGUUGUGCAUGCGAGUGGCACUUGCUGCAGCAUGUGCUGCACGCAGGGCAUUUUUGUCCACAAUUUGUUCCCGUUUUGGAAUUGACUCCAUAA